GCUGAUUGAGCAGCAGACAUUGAAGAACAAGAGGUGGGAGAAGACAACCGAAGGGCCUCGUCUUAUUUGUUUUAUUAAAAAAAGAUCUGUUUAGACAAAUACUUUCGUCGAGAAUUGAUUUUAAAUGAUUGCCGUCAGGAUUGGCUUGGGUAUCCUGUGCAACUUGUAACGAAGCAGCACUUUUAAUACAGGUUUUUGUUGUUACACCUCAGCAUGGCUGUGGUCAUCCGUUUGCAGGGUCUCCCUAUUGUGGCUGGGACCAUGGACAUACGCCAUUUCUUCUCUGGAUUGACCAUCCCAGAUGGUGGUGUGCAUAUUGUAGGGGGUGAACACGGUGAGGCUUUUAUCGUGUUCGCCACAGAUGAAGAUGCAAGGCUUGGAAUGAUGCGCACAGGGGGGUCAAUCAAAGGUUCUAAGGUGUCUCUAUUACUAAGUAGCAAAACCGAAAUGCAAAACAUGAUUGAGCUGAGCCGUAGGCGUUUUGAAACUGGGAGUGCAGAGGUCGCCACAGGAAAUGGCAGUAGGCCAGGUCCACUGGUCAGCACUAGUGGAAGGGGUAACUUGCCAACCACUGCGCCAGGUUUCAGUAAUACAACUUCAACCACAGCCACCACACCAGUCUCAGCACAUGAGCCUGUGAGCAACAAGACUGUCCCUGCCUUUUCAACCACUACCAUGGGCAACAUUCCCCCAAACUUUACCAGUUUCAGCAGCCCAAGUCUUGGCUUGGGAUCCACCAUGACUACUGUUAUGUCGACUUUGAACUCUGUACCUCCCCAUAUUCCUCCCUUGCCUACUAUGCCGACUCUACCACCAAUGCCCCCCAUACCUGUACCACCUCCAGUGUCCACAUUGCCUCCAGUACCAGCUGUUAAUCCUCUAACAUCAGUGCCUCCUGUCCCUCCCAUUGCACACAUGCCACAUCUGUCCGCACUUCCACCAUUUAACCCAGGUGUCCCACCACCAGUUGGCCAUGUGGCUGGUGGUUUAGCUGCCUCCGGUCAGCUAUCUCUCGUAACUCCAAAUCCAAUGUUCCUCAAUCCCCUGAACCCUCUGAACCCCCUCAACCUCCAACCUCAUUUGAAAUCACCAGCAACAAACCCAGAUGAGUUCUACAUUCAUCUGCAUGGCCUUCCUUUCUCAGUCAGUGAAAAUGAAGUUAGAGAUUUUUUUCUAGGACUAGGCGUGGAGUCAGUUCGGUUACUCCGAGACAAUCUGGGCAGAAACAAUGGCAGGGCACUCGUAAAGUUCUUCUCACCUCAUGAAUCUUUUGAAGCCCUGAAAAGAAAUGCAGGAAUGAUAGGCCAUAGGUUUGUUGAGGUUUCUCCUGCAACUGAGAGACAGUGGCGAGAAAGCACAGGCCACGCAGAACAAAAUCGGCAUCGUCGCGAAAGCAUCAACUCACCGUCUCCCACUGGUCGUGAGAGAGCUAGGUCCCGAUCCCCCCACAAUCAUGAUUUCUGUGUGUAUUUGAAAGGACUCCCAUAUGAAGCAGAGAACAAGCAGAUCUUUGAGUUUUUCAAAAACCUUGAUAUUGUUGAAGACAGCAUUUACAUUGCGUACGGAACCAAUGGCAGGGCCACUGGUGAGGGAUUUGUUGAGUUCAGAACAGAAACAGACUACAAAGUUGCCCUUGGAUGCCACAUGCAGUACAUAGGUAGUAGAUUCAUACAGGUUCACCCCAUCACAAAGAAAAAUAUGUAUGACAAGAUAGAUGCAAUUCGCAAAAGACUGCAGGGUAACCAGGGCGAUCAAAAGAAUAGCUUUGGAGAAGGUGGUAAAAAUGCCAAGAAUUGUGCUCACAUAACGAAUAUUCCCUAUAACGUGUCUAAAAAAGAUGUCCGUCUGUUUCUUGAUGGGAUUCAGCUGUUUGAGGAAAGUGUUAAGGUGCUAGUUGACGCAAAUGGUAACGGUCUUGGCCAGGCUAUUGUACAGUUUAAGUCUGAGGAGGAUGCACUUAAAGCAGAGCGCCUACAUAGGCAGAAAUUAAACGGGAGGGAUGCCUUUGUGCAUUUGGUUACAUUUGAGCAGAUGAAGGAGGUUGAGAGAAAUCCUCCCUCACAGGCAAAGCGAGGACAGAAGUCCCAAGGAAAUUCCCAUGUCCAUGCAUAUGCUCAGAUUCAGCCCCAAGUUCCACAAGCACCACAUGCUUUUCCAGGAAUGACAGGAGACGAGUUCAGUUUUCUCAGAAAUGCUGUUGGAACCCUCUGCAAUGCCCCCCCAUUUGUCAACCCUUUUGCUGCCCCUGGUAAUGGACUAGCAGGUCCACCACCUUUGCCGCCACUUGGUGCAGCCUUUGGUGAUGUAGCACGUACUGUUCCCCCACCGAUGGUUGGAGGGCCAAUACCUGGUGCCAUUCUAGAGCACCCUGGUUUCAGACCCGGUGGCAACAGUGAACCUUCUGGUUUUGUCGGGGCACCAGAGACCUUGAGAGGCAUAAUGCCAUUUGAUAAUGGAUCGUCCCAGAAAGGAGCUGGCCAAAAUCAUGGUGGGAGCCAAGGUCAAAGACCAACUACUGAAAAUAUUAGAGGACCAUCCAGUGGUGGUCCAGGUAAUCCACGGCCCAUCAUUGUCAAGAUUCAAAACAUGCCCUUUACUGUCACAGUUGAUGAGAUAAUUGAUUUCUUUUAUGGAUAUCAAGUGUUGCAGGGUUCUGUAUGUUUGCAAUUCAAUGAUAAAGGUUUGCCCACUGGGGAAGCAAUGGUUGCGUUUGACUCCCAUGAUGAAGCAAUGGCUGCUGUGAUGGACCUGAAUGAUAGGCCCAUUGGGGCGAGGAAAGUUAAGGUCACUUUGGGAUAAAAAGAUCUUGUCACUGCAAUAGUGUCUUUUGUUUUGUUAAUGUGUUUUCUGAAAUGCCUAAUCUAGUUUUUAAUGCACAAAAACUGACUAGUAUUGGAUCCUUUUUUCUCUCUUGGCACACCAGACAUGUAUAUUUAACAGUGUAUCAAAGAUUGUAGAAGUUACAUGAGGUAUGACACAAUAGAGAAGAGACAAUGUAUCUUUUAAAUUCUUAAGAGCUUUUUUGAUAAAGACUACAGGCCUGUGUUAGUUCACUUUAGAAGAUCUGAUAAAGGGGGCAUCAUAGUGGUUUGUUCAAGUAGUAUCUAAUAGCUAUACUGAAUUAGGUUACUUGGCAAGUAAUCUCUCUCAGAAUUCCUCAUUGUUUUGUAUCUCUGCUCAAGUUUGAACAGUUUACACACGUGAUCCAUGUUGCCGCAUACAUUUCCUUUGGACAAACAAACCAAGUGCUGCCAUGCAUUGUGUGCUUAUGUCUACGCUUCAGUUAAUUUAUUUGCCCUCUGCGCCAAGUUUUUUUUCUGUCAUUAAAAUGAAAUGUCAGUCUUUUUCUUAAUAUCAGUUGCUGUCACAUUGGAUUGCUUUAACUUCCUAAAAUGUCAGAUCAAGACUUCACUGUAAAUGCUAAGCGGGGUUGUGAAGAAAAUGCGGCAUUGUAAUGUUAUGUACAUGAAUAUUUUGCUAUCUUAGCUCUUCACAAUAUGUGCUGUGGUGUUUGAGAAUAGCUUUCUUACUUUUUCUUUUUUUAAGUGUUGCUGAAUUGUAUCAGUUAUUAGUUUAUUUUGAAGUUCCAGCGCUUUUUCACCUGUAAAUACUUUCCAGCUGAAAUAUUUUGUCAAUAAAAUGACAUUC